CGAUCGACACUUCUGGUCUGGUCAUUGUCAACAUGGCGCCGCUCACAUCUUCCACACGUGAGUUGUUCGUUGAGGCAGUUGGGGCUGUUUUGGAAACGUGGCCGGUGUUGCAGAUCGCAGUCGAUAAUGGUUUUGGAGGUGCACAUAGUCAGCAGAAAGCGAACUGGAUGGUGGACGUGCUGCAGCAGUAUUUCAACGACAACGUUGACCUACAGCAGAAUGAAGUGGAGGACUUCAUCUCAGACUUGAUGAAUAAUGAAUUUGACACAAUGGUGGAGGAUGGGAGCCUGCCUCAAGUGGCACAGAAGGUGUGUGUGAUGUACCAGCAGUGUCAGCAGGGUAAACUGACAGAGGUCAGAGAUCAAGUCAGUGAGCUGGCACUGAAAAAGAUAGCUGGAAGGGCAAAGGUCACACCUGCAGAUGAUGAUGAUGAGAAGAGAGAAGUUGAAGAGGCUAUGGAGUGUGAUGUAGUUGGAGAGGGACCAUCAGUCAUCAGUGCAGCAGCAAUGGUGAAACCUCCACCUCAGGCCACGAGUAAUGAGGAAGAGGAUGAUGGCUGGACUGUUGUGUGCAGGAAAAAGUGACUGGACUUCAGUAAGGACUGAUGGAUUUCAUAAAUUAAAAGAUAUUCAAUGCCUUCUGUCACUCUGGACUGUGACAGACUCUCAAAAACCCACAAUGAACUCUUGAACCCCACAAUAUUUGGGGCCUGACUGUCGCCUGACUGUCAUCUGACCAGUUCAAACACUUGGUGUUUGAAUGGACAGAUUAUCUCACCAAACCUAGGCGGUAUUGUUUCAUACCAACCUAAUUUAGAGUUAUAAAAUGUUGGCUACAGCCAGACAUUAGCCAAUGAAUAUUAAUUUGCAUAUGCUUUGUAAUUGGUCUGCUUUUAUCAGCGAUGCUAAAUGUAUACAAGUAACAGA